AUGGCUGGAGCCACGGUUGACAACGAGGUCAUGUCUCUGACUUCUGAAGGCGAAUCAUCAGCAGGACCUAUGCCGGUAGGAUCUACGGAUGAUUUAUCUGAAGAAAUCACCAAACGAAGUUCGACAUUGAAUUUGGCUGAAAUGGUUAAAGUACUUCCAUAUGUUUUGCCAUAUGAGCUAUUGCAGGCAAUAGCAAAGAGAGACGCUUUAACAUUCCUUGGCGCUGCUAAUGGUUGGCCUACUAAUUUCGAAUCCGAUUUGGAAAACUGUCAGCAAUGUGGGUCCAAGUUAGGUGAUUCACGCAUUCACCCAGGACAAUCACGAGCCAACACCUGUUAUCUCCUUACAGAACUUAAUCCGUUCAAAGAAGUGGAUAUAAUGGUGAAAAUAUGUUCAUCUCGUGCGUGUUCUGCUAUGCAUCAAGCGUCGGCGGAAAAACUAGGUACGGGAUAAAUAUUUAUAUAUUCCCACAAGGCUUCUGAUGUGUUAAACCUAUUUCAGAGCUCAUAUGGUACAUUUCACCUAUAUAUUAUAGCGAGGCUCAGAUUUGACUAGUCCACUACCGCAACCUUUCGCUGACCUACUGCGCUUGUGAUUGGUUCAUGUUUCCUUACUGGUAGCGGUAGUGGAAGUCAAAUCUGAACCUCGCAACCUUAAUGAAUUAGCUGUAUAUAUAUAUAUAUAUAUAUAUAUAUAUAUAUAUAUAUAUAUAUAUAUAUAUAUAUAUAUAUAUAUAUAUAUAUAUAUAUAUAUAUAUAUAUAUAUAUAUAUAGAACAUCGACAUACCAUGCAAUUUGCAUUGAACGUACCAAUUAAUGAACGUAACGUACCAAUUUGAACGUACAAACUUGCACUUUGGCGAAACAUGCAUCAUGUAUAUGUCUGUAGAUCGUACAAAUAUUAAUUUAAUGUGUUUUUUAUAUAUAGGUUUGUUCAACAUCUCUGACAAAGUAUUGGUUUCGUUGGAUAUCCUGUUAGAAUUUAGGGUGUUUUUUAAGAAGGGGCAUCCUAUAGGAAAUGUUAUUCGUGCAAAGCUUCUAACUCCGAAGGCCAAGUGCAAAGAGGUUAUAAUAAAAAUAUGAAUGUAAAUAUUUGCAGCUGUUUAUGUAUAUACAGUAUAGGGUGUAUAGCAACGAGUUAGUCGAAUUCUUCCAAUCUCAUCAGUGUAUUUAGUCGUAUAUAUUGUAUAUCUAUUGUAGAGUUCAGUACCAUCAGACGGCGAGAUGAUGUACAUCGAAGAUUUGCUCUAUAAUGGAUACUACAGUUUUGAAAUGAGUACAGAAAGAAAUCUCGACGACGUGGUCUGUGGUAUAUGUGGCGUUUGUCCUGAAAUCUGUUUGGGCGACGGCAAUGAAAAAAACUCUUGCACGAACCGUCAG